GAGAGACCUUCGCCGCAUCAGUAGGUGCGCGGCUUUCUCCCGGUGACCAUCGCGCGCCAGUGUGUAUGUUAUACGAGUGCACAGAAUACACAUCCGCGAGUGCGCAUGUAACAUGAGGAGUCCUUACCUCGAGUGCUGUAACAGUGUGGUAUAAGUCGAGGAACAGCCCGCGAGGAUGCCGUGGAGCAGCUCGUUGGCGGCUCUGCUGCUGCUACUCGUCGCUAUUAUCUCAGACUGUCGAGGGUACAAGCCGCUCAUCAACCCUAACGUGCCAGAAUUGAAAUUGAACGAGGGAGAAAAGUUGGAAAUAACGUGCACGAGUAUCGAGGAUAUCGAACCUCAUUAUCCCGAGGAUGACAGACUCGCUAAUAUCGAAACCUCCCCUCACAACAUUACUUACGAAGAUCUAGGCAACGGCAGUAAGAAACUUAAAUUUACGCGCGACAGUGUCGUUUUUGGCGACACUGGAUACUAUGGAUGUAGCAAUGGUAAAGCGAACUAUGAAAACAAAAAUUAUGACGAUCCUAAUGCCAGCUGGGUUUACGUUUACGUUCGAUCCGAUGAGCAUUUGUUCGUGGGAAAUAUUGGGUAUCAGUCCCUCUUUGGGUCAGUUGGAGACACGAUCAUUUUACCGUGUCGACCGACGUCGAAGGAGCUGCACGUGCAGCUGAAAUCAGAGACCGAAAUGGAGGAGAUGGAGCUCAAUGAAAAUUUGUCUUUCGAUCCAAGGGUAGGCUUCAGAAUGGAAAAUUUGUCCGCUUUAGACAGUAAUACUUACUUUUGCGAAAUAGAACACAACGGCACGACAGAAACACUGACUUUUUUGGUUAAACUCAUUCAAAAAUCAACCUUGAAAACGCCCGUAAUAUUGAAAGAUGGCUUGGAGUACGUUACCAAAGGCUCAAGUUUGCACGUCAAAUGUACGGUUACCAUUGGAAUAGACAAUAAUUUCGAUUUCUACUGGACGACGCCUCGAAAUUCGAGCUCUAGAACUAUCCGGCCCCCGGUAAGAAGAAGGAUAGAAGCGAAUACCCAACUGGUAACAUCCGAGCUCGUCGAGGAGAACGUUACUUACGACGACGAGGGUGAAUACGUUUGUAAAGUAAAAUCCUUGACUGAUAUGAAAAGUACGAGCACAUACAUUCGCGUCCACGAUCCGAGCAUAAAGUAUAUUAAUUUAACGUCGCACGAUAAGGAUAGGCAUUACGUUAUCAAUGCAUUCAAGUCCGUAACGUUCUCGGCUGAAGUUAAGGGAUACCCGACACCAUCGAUUAUGUGGUUGAGUCCUGAUGGCAAAGAAAUUCUUUCGAACAACAGAAUAACCGUGGAAAAUAAAAAUUCAUCAACGACUCUGAAAAUUCAAAGUGUAGAGAUCAGAGAUAUGGGUACAUACCUUCUUCAAGCCUUCAACGACGAUAAGGAAGAACAUUUGAAUUUCACCCUGGAGGUUUUAGCGAGACCUUUGGCAAUAUUGCGCCCCGUCGAGCACUACUAUGUUCUAAACGAAAGAGCCUCAUUCGGCUGCAAAGCCGUAGGCAAUCCUACAUCUAACAUGUCGUGGGCUUAUUUCAAAUGUCCGAAUCUGCCAUCUGAAGAAGGUUGCGAGAAAGUUGAAUUAGAGGACGCCAGAAUACUCGAGGAAUCCGGAAGUAUGAUAACUGGAGAAGUAGAAGCUACCAUAGAGAUGUCGGGUAGAAUAAAAUGUACAGCGUGCAACCGACUGGGCUGUGACUCGUCUGAGCAGAAUGUUCUUGUAUCAGAUGGAGUACCAGACACUGCUCUUGGAAUCAUAGAGCCGGAAGAAAAGAUAACAGCCGGUGACGACGUCGUUGUAACGUGCGCGGCUUCGAUUUACAAUUUUACAACUGUUGAAUGGCUGGAUGCUAAUGAGGAACCACUGCAAGACUCUCAAAGACUGGAAAUCAAAUUUGAAGAAACUGGGUUUACUCAUCGUACUAUUUUAACGAUCAAAAAUGUACAAAAGGAAGACGAAGGCCAUUAUUUUUGUAGAGCACUUUCCUCUGAAAACCCUUCGAAUCCUUCGGACACUAUUCGUUAUGAACUCCUUGUCAAUGAUCCCGAAGCCCCCUAUUUCACUUACGUAAAUAUGAACGGAUCAGAAGUUACAAUAGCGGGUAGAGAAGCUUACAACAAUCUUCACUUAAUUUGUCGCGCUGGAGGCAUGCCGAAACCCCAUAUCACAUGGUACAAGGACGAUGAACCGCUGAAGUUUAACGAAGAGCAGUUCUAUCUUAGUUCUGAAUCCGAGCUCGUGAUCAGAUUUUUAAUGGAAAAGGAUAGCGGAAAGUAUUCGUGUGUCGCUGAAAAUCGUGUCGGCAAAGAAACCCAGUUCCAGAAGAUUCUAGUCAAAGGAACCGAAGUCUCUAUGAUGUGGAUGCUGACUAUUGUCAUAUUACUGAUAGUUCUUAUUGCGUUGUCGAUUUACUUCUGCAUCAAAAUACGCCGUGAGAGGUCGAUGAGAAAGCAGUUGGUAGAAGCAGGUCUGAUACACUUCGAGGAAGGAGCGCUGGACUGCAUUAAUCCAGAAUUGACUGUAGAUGAUCAAGCUGAGCUUCUUCCUUACGAUAAAAAGUGGGAGUUUCCUAGGGAAAAAUUGAAACUAGGAAAACAACUGGGUAGCGGAGCUUUUGGUGUCGUAAUGAAAGCCGAAGCACGUGGCAUCGUCGCCGAUGAAUCGUUAACGACCGUCGCCGUAAAGAUGGUCCGAAGGAAUGCAGAGCCUGCUUACAUACGUGCUCUGGCGAGUGAACUGAAAAUCAUGGUGCACCUUGGAAAACACCUGAACGUUGUCAAUCUUCUGGGAGCUUGUACAAAUAAUAUUGCUAAACGAGAGCUUUUGGUGAUUGUGGAAUAUUGCCGAUACGGAAAUCUGCACAACUAUUUAUUAAGGCACAGGGCGAAUUUCAUCAACCAGAUAGACCCUGUCACUGGACAAAUCGAUCCUAACAUCGGCCAGGAGUUGCUGAUGAGAUCUACCAGUGUUACCAGUAACAAUAGUCUCAGCGCAGCAUCAGGCAAUAGCGCGCCCGGUACCGAGACCGUCAUCUACUGCACGGACACGAAGGAUGUAACCGGUAUACCCGAUGCCGGAUGCAUCAACAGUAAUGGCUCGCAGCCGGGUUGGCGAUCCAAUUACAGAGGAGACUACAAGGACAGGAAUCUCAAACCCAUUUGCACCCAGGACUUGCUCUCUUGGGCAUUUCAAGUUGCCCGUGGUAUGGAGUACCUUUGCCAGAGAAAGGUGUUGCACGGAGACUUGGCAGCGCGAAAUAUUCUGCUCGCGGAGAACAACGUUGUCAAGAUUUGCGACUUUGGCCUAGCGAAGACCAUGUACAAAAACGAUAAUUAUAAGAAACAGGGAGACGGACCCGUGCCGAUCAAGUGGAUGGCUAUCGAGUCGAUCAGGGAUUGGAUAUUCUCGACCCAGUCGGACAUCUGGUCGUUCGGUAUUGUACUCUGGGAGUUCUUCACUCUGGCUGAAACUCCCUACCCUGGAAUGCAAGCUGAAAAGCAGUAUCAGAAGCUCAUCGAGGGAUACAGGAUGGAGCAGCCCAAAUAUGCCACUAAAGCCAUAUACGACACGAUGCUUCAGUGCUGGAAGGCCAAGCCAACUUUGAGGCCGUCGUUUACCGAGCUAGUCGAAAAUAUCGGUGAACUUUUGGAAGAGGGCGUGAGGAUGCACUACGUUGACUUGAACACUCCGUAUCUCGACAUGAACACAGCAGGCUUGGAGGGUAAAGACGACUAUCUGACGAUGAUGUCAGCUCCGGAUCAUGCAAUACUUAUGGCCUCACCUGAGCACGAGUAUGUCAACGGUCCACCUCAACCCACAGAUUCGGCUUAUCUCAGCAUGAACAGCCCUGCACUCGACGAAUCUGGAAUUUUCAGUCCUCGCCCGAACGAGGACAAUUCGCGCUUCCAAUUUCCCAAUUCCCCGUCGACCAGUAUCGCUAAUGCUGCACACUCCGACGGCGAAGACGCCCCUAUGCUGAAGAAAACCAAGGAGGAGCCAGAACAGGACGAGGAUAAUUAUCUGAAACCCAUCGACGUUCACAAGAAGCGAGAAGAGUUCAUGCGACAACGAGAAGCCGAAAAGAAGAAAGAAAGGGAACGCAGUGGUAGGAGAUCCACCGAUAGGGAUUCAGGAUACUGCAACACUCCAAAGAAUUUGGAGUUGGUUGACGUCAAAGUCGAAGUGCCGAAUGAGAAAGCUCCGAGUUGGACGAGUGCGGACGACACGGAUACACCGUCUGUGAUCAUAAGGACACAGGACAAUUACGUGAACAUGCCGAAGCAGAAAAAAGACGUGCCCGACAGUUUUAUGAACCCGAGUUACAUUUUCGUAGAGGCCAAUAAACCAGAUCGUCAAGAUAUACUUUAAGUGUAUUCCGAUAGAUCUGAUUCGAUCUCUUGACUUUAUACCGAUACAGUUUUCAUAAGACUGCGCUGUCGUGAAUGGUCGAUGUGAACAAAUUUUUUUUACUUAGGCGUAAAUAUACUUAGUUUGCAUGAAUAUGCGAAUAAUCGUGUACGUAUAAUUUUACGAUGAUCUAUAAUUAUAAAAAACUGUCUUAGUAUAUGCAACAGGAUACUUAAAGCAAAGUCUUGUAUAAUGUUUGGAAUUCAUUUUAAUAUGUAAGUGCCAUUCCGUCAUGACACAUCAUUUUAUAUGAUAAUUGUUAAUCAUUCUACUUAGAAUUUUAAAACUGUUAUAUUUACGUAUAACCUAUUGUAAAGUAAGCUCUGUAAAUAGUUACCAUUUUAACUUUGUGAUUAAAUAUGUACAACGAAUGAUUCGUAACAAGGAGUAAACUUAUCAUAUAAAAUAACGAUGCAUUUUACAACACGCUUAAUUAAAGACUACAAAUCGUCUUCAAUUUCGUUUUUAUAAUACUCGACUUGCUAAGAAACGGUAGAGCAGUUGAACUUAAAGGUAUAAUUAUUUUAUUUUUUAAUUUGAAUUGAGAAUAAUAAUGAAAUAAUAAAUUAGAGCGCCUCUUUGUAAAAUGUUUGUACCCAUCAGCGCAAAUUGUACAUAUUCUCCGUUUAUACUUAAUCGUAAUCAAGAGAAGGUAUAUUCUCAAAUAAAAUAUUCUUAUUAUCUUCAUAAAAUUC